AGCCGGGAAGCGUCUCUGCCACGUAGAGAGAAGAGCAGCUGCUUGUUUUCUACUGUUGCCCCCCACACACCUGAAGUUGAAGGUGUCAGCAUGCUGGUGGUCGCGCUGAGCUGGCUCUGCUCCUCCGCCCUGGUCUCUGUCAGCGGCGGGAAGCUGCCUGAGGCCGAGCUGAAGACGGAGGUCCUGCACAGACCCUUCAUCUGUCGCAGGAAGUCCAAGUAUGGAGACAUGCUGCUGGUGCAUCACGACGGAUUCUUUGCGAACGGGACCAUGUUUUACUCCAGUCGAAGCCACGGUGACAAGCAACCCAUGUGGUUCACAUUGGGCAUCAGAGAAGCCAUCAAAGGCUGGGACCUGGGCCUGCAGGACAUGUGUGCUGGAGAGAAGAGGAGACUGGUGAUUCCUCCAGCUCUGGCCUAUGGAAAAGAAGGGAAAGGUAAGAUCCCACCUGAGAGCACGCUGACCUUCAUCGUUGAGGUUAUGGAAGUCAGAAACGGGCCGAGGUCACAUGAGUCCUUCCAGGAGAUGGACCUUAACGAUGACUGGAGGCUCUCCAAAGAUGAGGUGAAAGCGUACCUGAGGAAAGAGUUCGAGCGCCACGGCUACCCUCCCAACGACACGCUGCACGAGAACAUGACCGAGGACAUAUUUGCCAAGGAGGACACGAACAAAGACGGCUUCCUUUCCUCGAGAGAGUUCACCUACAAACACGAUGAGCUGUGAUGCGGCUGCAGCUUAUUGUAAAGAUUCUCAUGUUAGAUAAAAUUUUCUAAGUGRCGCGUGGCAGAGCAGUCUGUGGAACUCAGAGCUGAAAUUAAUUUUACAUCAAAGAAAAACAUCAUUUUAGAAAAAUCGCCUCUAUUUUCUAUGGAUUCUAUGUUCAGGAAAUCCCCAACAAGCCUUUAGUCCAACACAAUGAGGGAUUCAGUGAUUUGUGAAAAUGGCUGCAGGUUAAAAAUAAAUGAUGUUUAUCAAUAAAUGACUUUACUUUUUAAA